UCUUGACAAUGGGAGCAGUAGCAUACUUAUUGGGUGAUAUUUUCAAUUUUUUUCCUUGCAUCAUUUGACUACUCUGCCUAUUACGGUUUCGGAUUUUUCUUCUUUAGUGUCGGCCCCAAUCCAUAAUCCUUAUUACAGGAUCAGAAGGGAAUAAUAAAAUAGACAAUCAUGUUAAUAACUAAAACAGCUGAGACGCCAUCUGAUAUUUUGCGAAGUGCUUCAAAUCAUUGAUAUCGAAAUGUACGAACGUGAUCAACAUGGGUUUAAAAAUUUCAAUAAUUCCAGUUCCUUCAAGAGGAUGUACCAGGGCUGUCUUAUGUAUACUAUUGGCAUACGCCAGUGCCCAAAUGUGCCUCUUCAUCCAUACGUAUUACGUCGGAAACGAACCAGAUACAAUAACAUUAUUGAAGAUGUUAUGCAUGUUAAUCAUGUUUAGUUCUUCGUCUGUGUCGAUUGUUGCCGUAAAAAAGGAAAUGAUGUUUGCUAUUCAGUCAUCCGAAAUAAUGCUGCUCACCGCUGGAUUUGGCAUACUGAUAUAUACUAUCAUGUUUUCCAGUAUUUUCUAUAGGAAUUGGGACUGGGAUAGCCCAAAUUUCAAAAAGAGUUUUUCAGUUUUUCUAUUUCAGCGGAUUAUUUUUGGUAUAUUUAUACCUUCGUAUCUUAUACUUCGUAAAUAUAGAAUCAAGCGGACGGAUAUGUUAGAUCUAAAUAAGUGGGAUAUCGAAGAUAUCUUCGAAAUUCCAUUAGACGAAAACCAAGAAAUUAAGGAGCCAUUCUCAGCGUUUCCCAACCCAAAAAGUCAACCUCCAUUCAUUGAUCCCCAUACAAUGAAACGUCCAGAGAUUAAUUCGCACAUUAAAAAUUUUGGCGGUGGUGGCGGCUUCAGCGGUGGUGGAGGCGUAAAUAUUGGCGGUAAAGGAGGUAAUACGAAUGGAAAACAAGAAGAUAAAGAUAAAAAGGACAGUAAGUCUAAGGAAGAACCAAAACAGGAACGAAACAUCGGAGCAUUACACCCAGUGGGAGGAAACUUUCUAUAUGGCACUUGGGAAGAGAACGAAUUGGGCUACACCUACAAACAUCCCGUGCCUAGACCUAUAAUCAAACGGCCCUUUGGAGGAAUUACAGGUGCUUCGCCUGCCUUUCUUCCUAAAACGUUUUUCCCGCUGGAUCCACCAGCCAAGAAAAGAAGAAAACCUUACAGGGACCCUAAAAUUCCAGUAUCCUCGUUCGCUCCACCAGGGUACCCACUCUAUCCCCUUCCAUCACCACAAUAUCCUCAUAUUCCCGUUUUUCCGAAAAAACAGUAAAUAAUAAACGUUUUUAAUUUGAUAGUAGCAAUAUAUCUGAUAGAUAUUGACAUCUAAUAAUCGAUUAUUUUCUUUCGUAAAAAAAUUAUAUUUGUGUUUUCUUGUGAAUCUGUCGGUAUAAAUGUAUGAACAAUAAAUCCUGUUUCAACCAGACCACCUCUACCAAUUAACACAAAAAAUUUAUCUCUACCCACAACUAUUUCACGCAAACUUAAAAAAAAGUAGAGAAGCCAAAGCAACAUGAGCAAACUGCGGGGGUGAUCACCCUGCGACUUACAGAGGGUGCAAUGCUUUUAAAGAAGAGUCUCCUAGGUCAG